UGUCUUUAGCCAAUUGAGUCUCGAGGCCUAAAAUUGGGUCUUAAUCUCGCUCUGCCUAUUUGGCACGUUGAUUGAUGCUCUCUUACUCCAGCCGGCAAGGCUGCCUGAGCCAAAAAGGAAGAAGAAAAAAACAGACAAUCGCUUUUAGUUUAGCGUCACACACAUACACUCUCUCACGCACGCACACAUACAAACACGUACACACUCACACACAUGCACCAACACUUAUUAGAUAACGACUGGAGCGAGAGCAGAAUACGUUUUUAAGCUCCAAGAUAAGGCGCACCGCGUGGAGCACCUCUGUACCUCGCGGGGGGCUCGAGGAGGCCAUGGAUCAUAUUGGAGCGCAUCUCCAGCACACUCACGCGGAGCCCAUCAGCUUUGGGAUCGACCACAUCCUCAACAAUGUGGAUCAGAGCUGGAUGCCCGAGUCGGACUAUGGACUCGGCUGCGUUGUCAGCACUGCCUACAACACCAUGACGGGUAACUUCACCGGCAACAACUCUGGAUAUAACAGCAACGCAUAUGGGGUAACCAAUCUGAGCAGCACCUAUAACAUGAACAUGGGGAUGAACGUCAGUGGGAAUAACGUUAACGCUGCUGGAGUCAUCCGUGUGCCCGCGCACCGGCCUCUGAACAGUGGACACUCGACCAUCCCCGGUGGUAUGUCCACGAUACCAGGCUCGAUGAACAACCUGACGGGAUUUACCUUCCCUUGGAUGGAGAGCAACAGAAGAUACACCAAAGACAGGUUCACAGUGGCGCUUUCACCCCUCACUGUAACACGCCGUGUAGGUCACCCGUACCAGAACCGAACGCCCCCAAAGAAGAAAAAGCCCCGGACGUCUUUUACCCGCCUGCAGAUCUGCGAGCUGGAGAAACGCUUUCACCGACAGAAGUACCUGGCUUCCGCAGAGCGAGCGGCUUUGGCUAAGGCCCUCAAGAUGACUGACGCGCAAGUCAAAACAUGGUUCCAGAACAGAAGAACAAAAUGGAGGCGCCAGACAGCGGAGGAGAGAGAAGCAGAGCGACAGCAAGCCAACCGGAUCCUCAUGCAACUCCAACAGGAGGCUUUUCAGAAAACGAUAAACCAACCGGCAAACCCGGACCCGCUCUGCCUGCAUAACAGCUCCCUGUUUGCGCUUCAGAACCUCCAGCCCUGGACUGAAAACACCGCCAAAUUCAGCAGCGUGUCCGCCUGCGAAUAACAAACUCUGACCGCUUUUAUUUUCCCUCUUUAAAGCGAUUGUAGUAAUAUAGUGAACAACUUUUUAAGAUCACGAAGACGACUUGAAAAAAUAUUACUCACGAGGACCGGAUUUAUCUGACAUUGCCUCGAAAAAAGUUUAGGUUGAUAGUGUCCGUGAAUUUAAGCCACGACAUGAGCUCAAUAGCGAUGGGUUUUUGAGUUUCAGUUUAUCUGCCUGUUUUUACGUGGUUUAAUUUCAGAAGAUUUUAUUUAACAUUUUCAGUAAAACAUAAUCCAGUCCUAAUUAUGGACUAAGCCUAUAGAUAUACCUUGAUAUAAGUCAACAAUAAGUGAGCACUUAUUUUAGCACUUUCUCUUACAGGAAAACGUAUAGAUAUUCAUACCUGAUCAUUUGAGGAACAGGCCUAAUUAAAUUUAAAUGUAUCGAUUCGGUGGCAUACAUUCAGUAGCCUAUCUGUGUCUCAUAACAAUGUUUAUGUUGAUAACAAUGGUUAUAAAUGAGGUUUUAGCAGUUGACUAGACGCAACCCCUUUCUCUCUGUGGAGGGAAGGAGCAGUGACAAUAUUUGACAAUUUACCAUCUCAUGAAGUUUCUCACUUAUAAAUGAGUAAUUAUCUUUUACCUUUUACCACAUCACUCAAGCACUUAUUCAUUUGGAUGAAACUUUAUUGCAGUCUGCUAUUUACCUGGUAUUUGCUUAGAAAUUCGUUAUCUAAAUAUUUUACUAAUUCAUUAUCCAAUAUUAGUACUUGUUUUUAUCUUUCAAACAAGCACGACGGUAGAAAUAUUAAUAUUGCCUUGAGUUUGUUGAAGUUAUUAUUUUUUUGGUAGGUACCGUAUCCAUUGUUACUAUUAGCCUAUAAUUUCUUAAUAAAACCAGGUAAACAGCUGAAUUAUGCCUGUAAAAAAAGGUGUUAUUUGUUCAAUUUUCUUGUACUUUAGGCUAUAGUCCUCUAAUAAUUUCAGUUCUGGUGAUCCAUUUAUACAUAUGAUGACAGGCAAGAAUUAUAAGGCCAUAUAAAAUAUUUUUAAAUAAUUAAUACAGCAGUGUUGUGCUUUGUGUUUUUGUCAUAUUUUGUUUUAAACCAAUGGUCAUCAUGCAUUAUGGAGUGCAUGGAAGGAAUUACAUUGCUGUGUCUGGGAAAACUGAGGCCAGAACUCUCUUUGACGAUAGGAACCAUCCCUCGUAUAUAUCUGCCCUAUUAGUCAAUACCAGACCUUUAUAAUGGUGUUUCCAGCAAGUGAAUGAUACUGGUUGCAUGAUAAUGAUUAAUGUGAAUCUACACUAUGGAGUAUGUGGCUCUGUACAUGUGUGUUAGUGUAACACUCAUUGCAACUGUAAAGUGUGUGUGUGUGAUGCUGAUCUUAUGCAGCUGUGUGUGUGUGUGUGUGUGUGUGUGUGUGUGUGUGUGUGUGUGUGUGUGUGUGUGUGUGUGUGUGUGUGUGUGUGUGUGUGUGCGUGAGAGAGAGAGAGUGAGUGAGUGAGUGAGUUAGUCCAGGGCCUCUCUCCCCAUGGUCAAAAAGGAAUGUAGGGUAGAAUUUCCCCUUCUACUCAGAAAUAUCAGCACUGCAGCAUCACUUAAGUGGCUUUUCCAAAACUCCUGAAAUUCCUAAACCAAGCAAGCAUGCUGGCUUUCAGUUGUUUCAAAGCCCUCAAGGGAAAAAAAAAGGUGGUCAAAAUGGCAGAUAAGUUUCAAAGAAGUGAACAAGCACAGUGAGCGGCAGAUUAGAGUGAGGGUUUAGGCAACACCUUGCAUUUCUUUCGUGUCCUCAGUCUUCUCAUUUAAAAAAAAUCAGUAUUCUUAUUUGUUUUUUUCUUUCAUUAAAUGAAAAUUAUUUAGGCUUGGUUUAUGCAAUCAAAUACAUAUCCUUUGUGCAUUUCAGAACUGUCUUAACAUGUUAUUGCAUUUCGACCAAGUGAGCAUUUACUGCUUGUUUUCUCUGCCACAAUUCCACCUUCACCUAUUAGUGACACAGCCACAAAUAUUCCUCAGUUCUUAUUUUGCUAUUAUUCUGCACCCUUUUUGUAACAUACUGUAUGAUGUAUGGAUAUAUCUAAACAUGUCCUCUAUUUGAUUUUAUUGGGCUUUGCUUCUCUAUAAUCUAUAAUGUUGCAAUGCAUUCAUCACUACACACUACCAAUGAGCGUUUAACACUGCGUUUACAGCUUAGUCUCCUGUUUAUACUACAGUAAUGUAUAACUCAGCCCAUGCAUUUUUCAUUCACCACCAGGGAAACAAAGCAGCAUAUCCUGAACAUCAUCAAUUAAGAAGUUAAAACAUAAAUUGCAAUAAACCGAUCUGUGUCAUGUCCUUCGUGAACAUUGCUACAGUUCAUUUGCAAUAAAUCUUAUUGAUUUAUGAAUAGGACUGUAUGAGUCAAAUUAGCUACAGUAUAAUCUCUUGUGUCUAGACCCAGAUGAAUCACUGUACCAUGUAAAGCCAUAAAUCAUUGUGUAGCCUAUGUCGCUGAAUUGAAAAUGUAUGAAUGGAGCAAGGUUCUUUUUAAUUUCGAGCUGCAUGUAAAAUAAAUAGUUUUAUUGCAGACGUUAUCCUGCAAUCACUGUUUAAUCAUAGUCAUGAACAGAGUAGGGCAAUUUGUACGUUACAAAUUUGUAUUAAAUGAUUUUGUAUCAUU